AGCUCAACUCCUCGCCUCCAGUAAAUGUUUCCCUCCAGCUCGACAGUCCUCCUCGACUCAAACUGGGUGGAUUGUGGAAUAAACGUGCCCUGUUUUUAACUAUGAUAGUUGGCUAUGGAUCUCCUGUAGUAUGUUGCUAGUCACACAGUAGACUACCACAAAAGUAUGAGGUCGCUGUGCCACCCAGCACCAAUGACUGCCCUCUCAGCCUAAGACACGCUGCCUCGAUUUUGUUCAGCCCACCGGGUGAAGCAUGUACUGGUCGGUGGGAAUCAGCGAGGUCAGCAGUGACACAGAAGCAGUCAUGGAGCAACAUCAAAAAGGCACCGCAGACAUGGGAGGCAAGCAGUCCGUCCCAGGGAACGCUGCCUUCUGCAAGUCUCCGACCCUAGAGAACAUCCAGGUGGCCUACAGGGAUGGAGAGAGCGGCAAGGCCCAGGAACUGAUUAAGAUCUCCUGCAGCGACAGCGGCGGAGUCCGGCUGGAGAAGCGCGAGCUCUUGUGUCUGGCAGCGCAGCAUGGAGACGUGGACAGCGUCCUGUACCUGGUGAGGGAGGAGCGGGUGACCGUCCCGCCCGAGCCCGGCGAGGACAACCCCGCCAUCCUGGCUGCCCAUUACGGCCACCCUCUGGUGGUGAAGGAGCUGCUGGACUCCAUGCCAGGGCCCUGUGUCUCCAGGGAUCUGCUGAACUGGAUGCUGGCCACAGCCUGCCAGCGCGGCCACCUGGAGGUGGCGAAGCUGCUGGUGCAGGGGUACCAGGCGGACGCCGAGGACUGCGCCAUCCGCAACGACAACUUCGCCGUCAUCACCGGGCUGCCCCUGUACGCUGCAGCGCGGGCAGGGAACGAGGAGAUUUCCUCCUUUCUGCUGCGGAAUGGAGCCGGCUUCUCUUCAUACACGCUGAUGGACCACCCGGCCUUCUCCAAACAGCUGCUGCGGACGCAGUUCGUCGAGCCGAGCGACGCGGAGAACAGCGGGGAAGUGGAGGACGCGCUGUCUGUGUGCUGGUCCGGACUGAAGCUGCCCUGGUUGGAGUUGGACUGGUUCAUCGACCUCUCGGGGCGCAUCACCCGACUUGACUUGUCCUCCAACGGCUUGUCUUCCCUGCCUUCGGUGGUGCCGUGGGGCCUCAUCCAGCUCCGCAGCCUGAACCUCUCCGAAAACCAGCUGAAAGAGCUGCCCGCCGCUCGCACGUCCCAGGAGAUCAUUUGCACCAAGCUACACCAUAUUGACCUCUCUCAGAAUGAACUGACCUGUCUUCCCUCUGGCCUGCUGCACCUGACGCGCAUCCAAAAGCUCAAUGCUUCCAAGAACCAGCUCACUGCACUGUUCGAAGUCCCAAAUGGAACUAACUGGAUCGGCCUCCGUAAGCUGCAGGAACUGGACGUGUCUGAGAACCGCCUCAGCGUCCUCCCCUCCCCUGUCCUCCACUGCUUCAAGUCCCUGGUCAGCCUGAACGUGAGCAGGAACAAGCUGACUGAGUUCCCCGACCCCUGGGCUUGCCCCCUGAAAUAUUGCAGAGCUUCCUCCAAUGAGAUUGGAAUUCUUCCAGACACCAUUUCCAUUUUUUGGAGGACUCAGCUGAAGGAGGUGGAUUUCUCAGAGAAUGCUGUGAAGGAGCUGCCCUCAUAUAUUUUUGAGCUUGAGGGCCUGGUUUCGCUGAAGUUGUGUGGAAACCAGCUCUCUGCUCUGCCUUCGCCCAGCAAGUGGAAAUGUUCUCAGCUGAAAAUGCUCGACCUCUCCAGGAAUCAGCUGGGGAAGAAUGUUGAUGGCACCAAAACCAGGAAGCUGGCGUUCUUUACCACCUGGCACAGGAGAGAUCCAGACCCAGCGUCUGCCAUCGAAUUCCCCAUAAUCCUACGAGAUUGUCUGGAGGUGCUUUUCCUGAAUGACAACCAGCUGGAGUCGGUGCCUCAGUCAGUGUGCAGUUUGAGGAACCUGUCUGAGCUCUACCUUUCCAAUAAUCCCGGGAUCCGAGAGCUUCCGUCUGAGCUGGGACAGCUGUCUAAUCUGUGGCAGCUCGACAUCGAAGACCUGAACAUCACCAACAUCCCGCCCGAGGUCAAGAAAGAAGGUCCUGCAGCCGUACUGGGGUUCCUGAGGGCCCACCUGCGGAAGGCGGAGCCCUGCAAGCUGCUGAAGAUGAUUGUGGUGGGACCGCCCCGGCAGGGCAAGACCACCCUCUUGGAGGCCCUGCAGACGGGCAAGGCGGGGCAAUUCCUCCCGGCGGAGUGCAGCAUCCGGACCUCGGCCUGGACCCUGGAGCGGCCCAGCGGUGUCAAAGCUAACGUGGAUUCAGUGGAGUUCAAUGUGUGGGACAUCGGCGGGCCGGCCAGCAUGUCCACAGUCAACCAGUGUUUCUUCACGGACAAGGCGGUGUAUGUAGUCAUAUGGAACCUGGCCCUGGGAGAGGAGGCCGUGGCCAACCUGCAGUCCUGGUUAUUAAACAUUGAGGCCCGUGCCCCUAACUCUGCAGUGGUGGUGGUUGGCACCCACCUGGACCUCAUCGACACCAAGUUCCGCACGGAGAGGAUCGCCACCCUGCGCGCCUACAUCCUGGCACUCUGCCGGUCCCCCUCCGGCGCCAGGGCGAGCGGAUAUCCCGACAUCACCUGGAAGCACCUGCAUGAGGUGUCCUGUAAGACUCUAGAGGGCCUGGACGGGCUGAAGAGGCUCAUCUACCAGGUGUCCUGCGCCAUGAAGGACGUCUCCAGCUCCGCCAGCUGCCAGAAAAUGGUGGGGAGGCUGAUCCCAAAAAGCUACCUGGUCCUCCAAGACGCUGUGAUAGCGGAGAGACAGAGGCGUGAGGCGGCUGAUGAGGUCCAGUACCUGACAGACCUCGAGCUGGACCGGGUCAUCGAGAAGAUCCCGGCCAGCGACAUCAAAGACUACGAGGACCUGCAGACCGCCAUCAGCUUCCUGAUCGAGACGGGCACCCUCCUGCACUUCCCGGACACCAGCCACGGGCUGUGCAAGCUCUACUUCCUGGAUGCGGUGUGGCUGUCCGAGUGCCUGGAGCGCAUCAUCCACAUCAAGAGCUCGCGCUCGGUGGCCCGCAACGGGGUCAUCCGGGCCGAGGACCUGCGCAUGCUGCUGGUGGGCACCGGCUUCACCGAGCAGACCGAGGAGCAGUACUUCCAGUUCCUGGCCAAGUUUGAGAUCGCCCUCCCUGUGGCCAGUAACAGCUACCUGCUGCCUCAUCUGCUGCCCCCUAAGCCUGCCAUGGACAUCUACGGCUUCCGGCAGCAGACCAUGAACACCAUCCAGCGGCUCUUCAAGAUGAGCUUCGUCCCCGCAGGAUUCUGGGAGCGUUUCAUCGCCAGGAUGCUGAUAAGCCUGACAGAGAUGGAUCUCCAGACAUUCGAGAGCAAGAAGACCCCGAGGAGCCUGAGGAACCGGAACACGGUCAUUUACAGCUUUGCUGGGACCCAGCAGAGGAACCGCUGCAGCACGUUCCGAGUCCGACGCAGCCAGACCAUCUACUGGAAGGAGGGGCUGCUGGUCACGUUCGAUGGGGGGUUUCUGAGCGUGGAGUCCUCUGACCUCAACUGGAAGAAAAAGAAGAGCGGCGGCAUCAAGAUCGUCUGCCAGUCGGAGACGCGGGACUUCUCCGCCAUGGCCUUCAUCACCGAUCACGUCAACUCGCUGAUAGAGCAGUGGUUUCCCGCGCUCACGGCCAGCGAAAGUGACGGGACACUGCUGAUCGAGCAGUACGCCCCGUGCCCCGACUGCGCCGCGGUGUCCGAGCAGGGUGACGCCGAGCCCCCGGCCGACGGCAGCCCCAGCGCCGUGCACUACUUCAACAUGGAGGACUGCGUGAUCGCCGCCGUGGAGACCGACCACGUCGUCUGCCCCAACCACCCCGAGCGGCCCGUCCCCCUGCAGGAGCUGGUGCCCGAGAUCUUCAUGACCGACUUCCCAGCACGCUUGUUCCUGGAGAACAGCCAGCUGGAGUGCGGCGAGGAAGAGCGGGACAUCCUGGGCCAGGGGGGCAGUGGCACCGUCAUCUACAGAGCCAAGUACCGGGGCCUCCCCGUCGCCAUCAAGCGCUUCCACUUCAAGAAGUGCCGGCAGCAGUCUCUGGUCUGCAGCACAGAUACCAUGGUGAAACACUUGCGGUCCAUGGACGCGAGCCGGAACUUCUCGGAGUUCCGGCAGGAGGCCAGCAUGCUGCACUCGCUGCAGCACCCCUGCAUCGUCGCCCUGCUGGGCAUCAGCAUCCACCCGCUCUGCUUCGCCCUGCAGCUGGCCCCGCUGGGCAGCCUCAACACCGUGCUGGAGGAGCACGCCAAGGGGACUCAGUACAUGCCCCUGGGCCACAUGCUGACCUUCAGGGUGGCCUAUCAGAUCGCGGCAGGACUGGCCUAUCUGCACAGGAAGAACAUCAUCUUCUGCGACCUCAAGUCGGACAACAUCCUGGUGUGGUCGCUGGAGGUGUCCGACCCGGUCAACAUCAAGCUCUCCGACUACGGCAUCUCCCGGCAGUCCUUCCAUGAGGGGGCGCUCGGGGUGGAGGGCACGCCGGGCUACCAGGCCCCCGAAAUCAAGCCAGGCAUUGUGUAUGAUGAGAAGGUGGACAUGUUCUCUUUCGGCAUGGUCCUGUAUGAGCUACUGUCUGGGCGCCGGCCGGUCCUUGGCCAGCACCAGCUUCAGAUCGCCAAGAAACUGUCCAAGGGCAUCCGGCCCGCGCUCGGCAGCCCCGAGGAGGUGCAGUUCCACUGUCUGCAGAGCCUGAUGAUGGAGUGCUGGGACACCAAACCGGAGAGGCGCCCCCUGGCCAUGCCGCUGUUGCGGCAGAUGCAGGAGCCCAGCUUCCCCUGCUUCAAGUACCUGCUGCCCUGCGAGAGGCACAGCCAGCUCUUCCUGUCCUCCCAGCAGGGACACAGCGCCGUCUUCUGGGACGGGGACAAGGACGACAGGAAUUACACAGUGGUGAAUGUAGACAAGGGUCAGGUGGAGGUGAGGAGAAUGGCCUGUCCCGGAAUGAGACUCACAAGUCAAAUGAAGAUUGAAAACACACUGUGGAUCGCAACUGAGGAGCAGUACAUAUGUGUGUACAGCUUGAAGGACAUGUGUCCGCUGAGUCAGCCCCAGAAGCAAUUCUCCUGCCCGGCACUGGUCACCUGUUUGUUUCCUGUGCCGGCCAAGAAGGAGACUCUUCCGCUGGUGUUUGUGGGCAUGGCGGACGGGCUGGUGGCCGUGUACAGGGUGGUCAACGACAUGCCCCUGGACGGAGAGGCCUACCUGUGCUCCCACACCCUCAACAAGUCUCAGUUCCGCCUGGAGGACGACGACCCGCGGCAGAAGCCCUACCCGGUGCGGAGCAUGGUGCUGGUGCGCAGCGGCUCCGAGAUCUGGUACACCAACGGGCCCGGCCUCCUGGUGGUCGACUGCGACACCCUGCAGGCUGUGCGGCGCCUCGACCCCUACCUGCACCCGUCCACCGUAGUGUCCCUGGCCUCCAGCUCCAGCGGCCUGGGCGAAGAGGCUGUGUGGUGCCUGGACGACCACACCAACACCCUGCUCAUGUACCACGCUGCCAGCUACCAGCUGUGCGCCUGCUACUACUGCGGGGACAGUAACCCGCUGAGGGACACGUUCACUGUCUUGAGACCAGCGGGCGUGGAGCUGCCUCCUCCCACUCCCCAGGAGCGGGACAGUCCUGUGGAGGAGCGGAGUCCCGGGGAGGUGACCAUCCUGUACAGCGAGGAGUCCGGCACCCAGAUCAUCCACCACCAGGACUCUCUGACGGACUACUGCUCCAUGUCCUCAUGCUCCGCCUCUUCCGAGCAGCUGGGUCACAUGGGGAGGUCCAGCUCCGGGGCCCUCAGCUCAUUGGCCAGCUCGGGGAGCAUGCCCUUCUCCGUGGACUGUGAAGAAGGCGACAGACCUCAGGGCGAGGCCUCCGCCAACCCCUCCCCGGCCGAGGCUGCUGAACCUGCUUCAAGGGCCCACACCCCAACACACCUGCAGGCUCUCAGCGUCCUGGCAGUCAGAGGCACCUUGUGGAUCCCCAGGCGUGGGGGUGACAUGAUGGUGAUCGAGCUGCAGCAGCAGGCGGGGAUGCUCAGGGGGCGUGUCAUCGCGGUGCUGUGCCCCCCCGGGUCGCCCCAGCACGGGACACUGGUGGAAGCCGCUCUGGUCGCAAAGGACACUGUUGUGUGCGGCUUCUGCAACGAAAACAUGGAGUGGUGCCUGGCUGUCUGGAGAGGCUGGGGAGCCAGAGAGUUGGAAAUCUUCUACCAGUCCUACGAGGAGCUGGGACGGCUGGAGACCAGCAUGCGGAAAAGAAGGUAGCUGUUGUGCAACGCAGAAUCGGGGCUCUGUGAGCGUCGGGGGCUCGGGGAAUAUGCACUGACAGGCCACACUGUUCUGAGGAGGAGGAGGGGGUGGGCGAGCACGCUGUGACAUCAGCACCACGUACGGAGAGGGGUGGGGGAGUCAGGCGGGGGAGCGACCCUGCUGGGGAAUGUUUCGCUUCCCCUCAUUCGAACCCGCGCUGACAGACCCCUCAAUGGCAUGUACCUGGUUUUGGGGAUGACAGCCCCACAAGAAGGACGCCUGUUGCCGGGCAUGACUCGGGGGGUCGUCGGGCCUAACAGUGGGCCAGUGUGCCCGCAGCUCCGCGGAGGAGAAGGACUGGACUUUUUUGGGGGGAGCGAGGAGGGGAGGAAUGCCGAACAUUGGGUAAACAGCAUAUCAAAUUGCAUGUCGAUUUACUCCUCGAACCGUCUCAAAACACAUGAAGGUCAAAGCACUGC